CAGGGCCAUGUGACCUUUGAGGACGUGGCGGUGUCCUCCCAGGAGGAGUGGGGGCUCCUCAGUGAGGCUCAGAGACUCCUAUACUAUGACGUCAUGCUGGAAAACCUGUCCCUGAUAGCCUCCCUGGGUUGUUGGCAGGGAGGAGAAGCUGAGGAAGCCAUUUCUAAACAGUGUGUUUCUGUAGAGCAAGUGACACGAGACAGGAAUCCACAGCCAGACCCUUCUAUCUUGAAGACUCUCGCUUCCAGUAUGUGUGCCCUGGUAGAGAAAGAUAUUCUGUACCUGGCUGACACUGUGUUCAGGUGCAGAGAGAUUGAGAAGACUUUCCUUGGCAGCCUGAGCUUUCUCCAGUACCAUUCUUCCCAUGAUGGAGAGCAUCCAUGCAGAAGCAGGCAGAGGAGAGAGGUCUCUCACUCUGGGCAAGGACAUUACAAGUGCAGCGAAUGUGGCAAAGCCUUCAGUAAGAAGUACACAUUCACGGAGCCCUGGAGAGUUCACACUGGAGAAAAACCUUAUUUGUGCAAUGACUGCGGGAAGUUCUUUAGACAGAGCUCCAGUCUUAUUCACCAUCGGAAAGUUCACACAGGAGAAAGGCCUUAUGAGUGCUGUAACUGUGGGAAAGUCUUUGUCCACAAAUAUAAACUUUUUGAACACCAGAGAACUCACACUGGAAAAAGACCCUAUGAGUGUAAUGAAUGUGGGAAAGCCUUCAUUCGCAAGGAUUCACUUGUCCAGCAUCAAAAAAUCCACACUGGAGAGAAUCCUCAUAAGUGCAGUGAGUGUGGGAAGUGCUUCCUGUACAGAAAUAACCUUCUUGCUCACCAAAGGAUCCAUACUGGAGAAAAGCCUUAUGUGUGUAGCAAAUGUGGUAAGUCUUUCAUCUUCAAAAUAAGGCUGCUUUAUCACCAGCGAGUCCACACUGGAGAAAAACCUUUUAUGUGCAGUGAAUGUGGGAAAGCCUAUGUCUACAAAGGAAGUCUUGUUGUGCAUAAGAGAAUUCACACUUUGGAGAAGGCUUAUGGAUGUAACAAAUGUGGGAAAUUGUUUACAACCAGCUUCGCCCUCAACAGACAUGAGAAUAUUCACAUGGCACGAAGGCAUUACCAGUGCACUGAAUAUGGGAAAGCUCUCAAUGGCAAAGUUAAACUUGAUGAGCCCCAGAGAACCCACACUGGAGAAAGACCCUAUAAGUGUAACAAAUGUGAGAAAGCCUUCAUGCGCAAGGCUACACUUGUUUAUCACCAAAAAGUCCACACCGUGUGCAGUGAAUGUGGGAAGCCCUUCACUUACAAAACAAGUCUUGUUAUCCACCAGAGAAUUCAUACUAGAUGAAAGCCUCAUGAGCAUAGUUCUUUGUAGGCAGCUCCAAGUUCAUAAAAAACAGGAAAGUUCCCACUUGGGAAGUGCCCUUCUGAACUUAGGCUUGCCUUCAUUCGAGUUAACAUCUGGUAGCACAGCUUCUGUGUUGUAGAGUAGGUGGAUGUGCAACUUUUGUGGAGUCACUCAACCUUUUCUAAAGUGGUUAAAUCUUUUUACAGUCUCACUGGAAGCACUAAAAUCCGAGUUUCUGUUCUUUCCAUUCUUGGCAACACUUGGUGUGUUUGGGCUUUCUCAUUUCUGUGAUGUCAUAGCUGUAUCCAGUGAUUUGAAGUAGCAUUUUCCUAAUGACAUGAUGCUGAGUCAUUUUCCAUGUGUUAAUUUCCACCCAUAUAUCAUUGGAAAUUGCUGUUCAUAUGAUUUACCCUCUUAAUUACUGACUUGAUGUUUCUUCAUGGAUUAUUGAUUAAGAUACUCUGCUGGAAAUAUUUACCAGUAUUCCUCCAGAGACUUGGUCAUCUCAGUUCAGUCACAUUUCCAGAGAAAGAGUUUUGUUUUGUUUUGUUUUGUUUAUUUAUUUGCCCAUGCUGCUGGACAUGAGGGAUCUUAGUUCCCCAACCAAGGAUCAAACCUGUGCCUCCAGCAAUGGGAGCAUAGAGUGCUAACCACUGUACCACCUGAGAAUUCCCAAGAUGCUUUAAUUUUAGUGUAGUUUAAUUUGUCCAUUUAUUCAUUUACUGAUUAUUCCUUUGGUGUUAUAAAUAAGAAAUAUUUCCCAAAUUUAAAGACAGAAUUUUUCCUAUAUUUCCUUCUGUAACUUUUAAAUUUAGGUUUCUUAAUGAUAUUAAUAAGCCAUCCUCAGUUGAUUUGGAAAGUUAUUUUUUAAAAAAAUAUGGAUACCCAAUUGCUGCAGUGAUAUUGAUUUAAAAUAGUAUAGCUUAUUUCUUGAAUUGCUUUAGUAUCUUCAUGGAAGGUCAAUCAUGUCUAUAUAUGUCUAUUUCUGGACUUUCUCUUCAGUUGCAUUUAUCUACUUUAUUUGUGCCAAUACUUUCAUGUGUUAAAUAAUUUAUUUUUAACAAUAAUAUGUCUUGAUCUCAAGGUUGUGUACUCCUUGGACUUUCUUUAUCCAAGUUAUUAUGGCCAUUCUUGGUCCUUUGCCUUUCCAUAGGAAGUUUGUUUGGCUGCUCAGCAUAUGGGAUCUUAGUUCUCUGAGGAGGAAUUGAACCUGUACCCUUGGCAGUGAAAGUGCAGAGUUCUAACCACUGCAUCACCAGGGAAUUCCCCCAUAUAAUGUUUAGAAUCCACUUUUCAAUUUGUGCAUAACAAAAAUUCCUGCUAGAGUUUUGAUUGGAAUUGCAUUUAAUCUUCAGUAUGGUGGAAGUGAAAGAGGAGAGUGAAA